AUGGCUUACGAUGGCUACCAGAAUAGCUCGAACCCGUACUCUCAGAUGGGCCAUGUCAAUCAGAUAGACCCGAACGAAUAUCGCCCAACGUCCUAUACUCCACCUUAUCCAUCUCAGUAUGGAUCCGAUCGACUCAAUAUGCCACAGCCUUCGGUGCCCCCCAUGUCGUCGUCCCCGUCCAACCAAUACCACCAUGCGUAUCAGGAUCCGAAUAUGUGGCAGCAGCAGCAACAGCAGCAGCAGCCGCCACCACCUCCACAAUCACAACCCCCCAAUACGGGAAGGAUAAACGAUGCUGUGAACUCGGCAUUCAACAAUCAAGCCGACAACUCCAACUACCUGCCACCGGAGGUUCUGUCGCAAAUCACGGCGACCGUUAUCCAACAACUCAAAGAGACUGGAUUAAAUAACCUGCAAGGUGAUCAGCAGUCGUCAUACCUUCCUCCCCGGCCAUCGAAGCCAUGGAGUCCCGCUGCAACCAGUUCCGUGCCCAGCGAAGCUUCACCUUCGCCGUCCAUGGGCAUGCACAACCCGUCUCCGAGCCCGACACCCAACUCUGGCCAUGAGGGCACCAAUUUCCCGCCGCCGCCGUCUGCGGGCUAUUCUGGUGUUCCUCGCUUCCACAGAGUGUCGCCCGCUCCUGUAGAGAGGCGGGAUUCGCCGGCUAGCCAGGCCAGCGACCAUAGUCAUCGCGUGGAGUCUCGACCGAAGCCACCACCGAGGGAUGAGGAUGCCACGGUCACUGAGCUGACUACCUUGGAAAAGAUAUGGGGAAAGCUUUUCGAGAACGGAAAGCCCACUGAGAAGUUGGGACAGUUUUUGCGCGGGAUCGCUAUCGAAGCUUAUCCUCCAGAAAACACCCUUGUGAUAACCCCGGAAAAGAUGCAAAAGUUCUAUGAGGAUACCAAAAUAUCUGGUGAUCCCUAUCCCUGGCAGGAUAUCUUUGAUGAUCGCACAUCCUCGAUCUCCAGGUUGUUCCGUGAGGUGGAAGCGGAGCACCACCUUGUGCAGAACAAACUAAACGAACGACCGGAUAUCCCAGGAUUAACGCCGCGCGGAUUCCAGCGAUGGGCCACAUUGAUGAUUCGCGCUCACCCCGAAAAGGAAUAUGAGCGACUCAAGAAAGCCGUACUCAAUAUGCCUAUUAGCAAUCCUGACAACAAGAAGGAGCGGUUCCCCAAGGAGAUACCGCGGCGACUCUUCCCGGAAACACCGAUCCUUCCCUUGCGAGAAGAAGUGGAUCAAUUCAUCAUGAAGCACUGCGGGGUCGAUCUACCUCCGAUUACAGAUGAGGAAGUUAAACAAGCCGCGGCGCAUCGCCACAAACCUUCGACUAGCUCCUCCGUGUCAGGGACGGAAUCUGCCUCUGCCUUGGUUAGUGAACGAGAGCGCAAGCUAAAGCCAUACCAGGCGUCUGUUUCGGCUGUGGUAGAUGACGACGAUGAGGACAAAGAGAUUCCACCCCAGCCAAUCGAACGACAAAGGAAACCAUACUCGGCACAGCCGGGAGGGGGGAAGAAUUACGAGGAAAAGAAAACCUCCGGGCACCGGCAUACCCAAUCGUUCUCUGGUGGCUCUAUUCCUAAGGAGAGUCUUUCCGGCCUCGGACAAAAGCAGCCAGAAUCAUACGGCCAGGAUUCACUCUAUUCACGCGGUUCUUCGCAUCCAUUUGGCAGGCGAUCCCGAAGUCCGUCCCGAGUAAACCCAAGUGACUACAGGCACUCCGAAAGUGACCUCCUGCAGAGCAACGGUGGUCUGUAUGGGACCUCUCCGGGUGGCUAUUAUGGAUCCGGUGCAGGCACCCUAACGGGCGAUAUUCUUGAGGACAACCGACGCCGACGCGAUCUUGAACGCGAAAACGAGGAUUUGCGAUUGUAUGAAUCACUGCGAGAACGCGAGAAGGAGCGCGAGAAGACCAAGUAUAGCGAUCAUCUCCCAUCUCGAUCUAGCUGGUCUAACGACGAGGAUUUCUAUCGCGGCAUGCUCGGUGGUCAGGGUGGCCAAGUCGGGGGCGGCAGCAGUGGAUAUGAUUACAAGUCGUACGGAUUCAAAUGA